UCCUCCCUGCCUGUGUCCUGACUCCAGCUGCAGGGAGGAGCUCCUGAAGUGAAACUACAGAUUGUUUCCAGGAGAAAGGCAUCAGGAGGGGAGGAGGAAGUGUUGGGACUUGGAGAGAUGGCUAAAGUGGCAUCCUUCUGCAGAGAAAUAAACUUUAAAAAUACCGAGCCUGCAGGAAGAAAGCAUGAGGAAAAUGAAGAGACAGUGAUAGAGCUGGAAGUUACUAACAGGAUCACAAGAGCAUGCUGACAUCAUUUAUGUUUCCACCAAAUACAGUGGAUUCAACCCACUGAUUAUCCAUUGAGAGUUUCAGAGCCAGGGGUACAUCAAGAACUGAUGGCCACACGUCCACUGCUGACACCAUCCUGACAUAAUGGAAGUGCCCCCAAACCAACCAGCACCUAAUAAAAGCAGUGCCAAGAGCAACAACUCUGCAUUUUUCUACUUUGAAUCCUGUCAACCCCCUUUUCUAGCCAUACUCUUGCUACUCACAGCGUAUGCUAUGGUCCUAAUCAUGGGCAUUUUUGGAAACCUCUCUCUUAUCAUCAUCAUCUUUAAGAAGCAGAGAGAAGCUCAAAAUGUUACCAACAUACUGAUCGCCAAUCUGUCCCUCUCUGACAUCUUGGUGUGUGUCAUAUGCAUCCCUUUUACAGUCAUCUACACUCUAAUGGACCACUGGGUAUUUGGGAAUGCCAUGUGUAAACUCACUUCCUAUGUGCAAAGUGUCUCAAUCUCUGUGUCCAUAUUCUCCCUUGUAUUGAUUGCUAUUGAAAGAUAUCAGCUGAUUGUGAACCCCCGUGGCUGGAAGCCCAGGGUAUCUCAUGCCUACUUGGGCAUCAUCUUGAUAUGGCUCAUUUCCCUUUCAUUGUCUGUUCCCUUAUUUUUGUCCUACCACCUGACCAAUGAGCCCUUUCACAAUCUCUCUCUCCCGGAUGACAUCUACACCCACCGAGUGGCCUGUGUAGAGAUCUGGCCUUCCAAACUGAACCAACUCCUCUUUUCCACAUCAUUGUUUAUGCUCCAGUAUUUUGUCCCUCUGGGUUUCAUUCUUAUCUGCUACCUGAGGAUUGUUAUCUGCCUCCGAAAAAGAACUAGAAAGGUGGACAGGAGGAGGGAAAAUAAGAGCCACCUCAAUGAGAACAAGAGGGUAAAUGUGAUGUUGAUUUCCAUUGUGGUGACUUUUGGCGCCUGCUGGCUGCCCUUAAACAUCUUCAAUGUCAUCUUUGACUGGUAUCACGAGAUGCUGAUGAGCUGCCACCACGACCUGGUGUUUGUAAUUUGCCACUUGGUUGCUAUGGUUUCCACAUGCAUAAACCCUCUUUUUUAUGGCUUUCUCAACAAAAAUUUCCAGAAGGACCUAAUGACGUUUAUUCACCACUGUGGGUGUGUUGCACCUCAGGAAAGAUAUGAAAAUAUCGCCCUGUCCACUAUGCACACGGAUGAAUCCAAGGGAUCAUUAAGACUGGCUCACAUAACAACAGGGGUAUAGAAGCCAGUAACCAAAACCAAAGCCCUUCUGAAAUGGAAGAAGGAAAAGGAAACGCAUGGAAUAGGGUGGGAUACAGAGGAAGCCAGAGUUAAGCACAUAAUCUCUUUAUACCCAGAUUUGCUUUAAGUUAAGCGUGUCUAUCCCAUUCAUCCACAGAACACACAGAGAUCUAGCCCCACCCUUUCUUUUUUUUUUUUUCCCCCUUGGAAGAAUAACCCAAACAACCUAGUCACUACCGCUGUGGUAAAGAGCAAAGAAAAGAAAGCAGAUAACAAGGACAGCAAAGGUAGCCAGGGUACAAAUUCCUGCUCUUCGCUGGAAUAGCCACAAAGUUAUCAGCUGGGCUAUGGCCAGUAAAAACCCAUGCUAUGCCUCCUUCACAUCAAAGCAGUUCCACUUCCAGACCAAACCGUAACCUUCAAUCA